CUCGAAACUCUUCAGAGAAUACAUCGGCGCAGAGUUCAACGGAAUCACUUCAUCCUCUCCUUCGCCAUUGACAACACCAGCGACGGCGGCUCCUCGACCAAUGGUCACUUCAACGUCUUCUGGGACACCAAAAACCUCACGCCGGACGAAGUCACGGCCAUAAAAACCCGCCACAGCAACGUCAAAGUCGCCGUCAGCCUCGGCGGGGCCUCAGUCGGCGAUGGCAGCCCUUUAUAUUUCAACCCAUCCUCCGUCGACUCUUGGGUCAACAAUGCCGUCAUUUCUCUCACCGCCAUCAUCCAACGCUACCAUUUAGACGGCGUCGACAUUGAUUACGAGCAGUUCAGUGCAGACUCUGACACCUUCGCUGACUGCAUUGGAAAGCUGAUUACGACU